AUGGCAAAUGUUACGCAGAGGCACAAAUUUUCAAAACACAGAGGAAAUGAGUCUGAUAGAAAGCCUAGAGAUGGUAAGUUCAUCAGAAAGCCGAAGAAGUUUGUCAAGCAGACGAAGGUUCUUGUAGAGAAGCACAUGCGGUUCCCCGGUGUUUACGUAUCGCGGGGCAAGGAGGAUUCGUUGUGCACGCUGAAUAUGGUUCCUGGUAUGAGUGUUUACAACGAGAAGCGAAUCACGGUAGAAACGAAUGAUGAAAAAAAGGAGUACCGCAUAUGGAAUCCGUACAGAAGCAAGUUGGCAGCUGGCAUGGUCUCGGGAUGCGAAAACGUCUAUAUGGGUCCAGGAUCGAAGGUCCUUUAUUUAGGGGCAGCAUCGGGCACGACUGUCUCGCACGUGUCGGACCUUGUUGGUACAUCUGGUGUGGUGUACGCGGUCGAGUUCUCCCAGAGAUCCGGACGUGAUCUCGUAAAUCUGGCGAAGAAGCGGCCCAACAUUAUUCCGAUCAUAGAUGAUGCAAGAUAUCCCCAGAAUUACCGUAUGCUGGUGCCGAUAGUAGACUGCAUAUUUUCAGAUGUAGCACAGCCCGAUCAAGCACGGAUUGUUGGGCUGAACGCGAAAUAUUUUCUUAAGAGUCAAGGCGGUGUUGUGAUGUCCAUCAAAGCUAACUGCAUAGAUUCCACCAAGAAGGCGGAAUCAGUGUUUGCGGAUGAAGUCAACAAAUUGCGAAAAGACGAUAUUAAGCCGAAGGAGCAGGUCUCCUUAGAGCCAUUCGAGAAGGACCAUGCAAUGGUUCUGGGAGUCUAUAGGCCCAAGGACAUUUAA